GGCAUACCAUACGCCACACCCCCAGUGGGAGACUUGCGAUUCAGACCAACAGUCCCUAUAAGUUAUACACAAAAGAAGUCUAUAAACGCAACACAAUUUUCAUUGAGUUGUCCGCAAACACCCAAUUUAAAUGUGACGGCGACUGCCAUAAGCGAGGAUUGUCUGUAUGUAAACAUAUAUACACCAUCUGUGAAUAAGUCGGCCAAUUUGUCCGUCAUGUUUUGGAUAUUUGGCGGCGGGUUUACUACCGGAUCGGCCGUUAAUUUUGACGGCCAACAGUUGGCCAUUAGGGAUGUAGUGAUCGUCACGUUUAACUACAGGGUAGCCGUGUUUGGCUUUAUGUGUACCGAUAGGCCGGACGCGCCCGGAAAUGCUGGUCUCUGGGAUCAGGUGAUGGCAAUGAAUUGGACGAAACAAUAUAUAAGACAUUUUGGCGGUAAUCCCAAUGAUAUUACAAUAUUUGGUGAGAGCGCCGGUGCCAUAUCUGUUAGCGCUCACGUAGUGUCCAAUGUGUCAAAUGGUACCAUUCUAACAAGUAGUACUGGCUCACAAUCAAGCAAUACACAGAUUGCCAAAAGGUUUGCCCGUUUUUUAGGCUGCGAUACAAACACCGAUUAUAUCGCAUGUCUUCGCACAAAGUCUGUCGAAGAGUUAAUGAAUGCACAGAAUAUAGAUAUCGUGUGGAAUAGGGGGACAAUUCCUGCGAUCCCAUUAGUAACACAAUUAUAUCCGUUUACAGUGUGUUAUGGCGAUCAGUAUUUACCCAAAAAUCCGUACCAACUAUUAAAACAACACAAUUUCCGGAAAGACUUGCAUAUAAUGAUAGGCCAUAACAUGAUUGAAGGGGCGAUUGUGGGCCCGCUUUUGCCCGCAGUAAUACCCUAUUGGGGUCAAUACGAUCCGCGCAUUCCCUUCACAAUAAUUGAUAAACAAUUGGCUGAAAAAGAUUUACUAACUAUAUUUGAUAACCAGCCCUAUGACAAGACUUUGGCCCAAAAAUACACGCAAACAUUUAGCAAUUGGUAUAAUAUUAGCCAAACUAAUGAUUUGCGGGCGACUGUAGUUCAGGCCAUUGCGGACUAUUUGUUUGCCUGUCCGACG